AUGAACUAUAAGUCGAUUGUCUUUCGCGAGUUUACGCAAGAAUCAUUUCGACGUAUUGAACAUUAUCGACAAGUAGAAGCUGAAUGUAUUGCUUCUGAACGAUUAGAACGACCAACCAUACCUGAAGACGAUAAUAAUAAACGUCGUUGUAUGAAUAAGUCAUCAGAAGAUGAAUCAAUUAGUCACAAACAAGAGCCUAAUAAAGAAAUGGCCGUUGGACAAACAUUACCACGACUUUUACAAAAUAAAUUUCCAGCUGAACUUAUUGGAAAACCAAUUGAAGAAAUCGAUUCGUAUUAUCGUGCAGAAUAUAUAUUUGUGGUUAUUAAUCGAAAUAAUACAAUAUUUCGAUUUAGUGCAACACCAGCUUGUUUUAUAUUUUCUCCAUUUAAUUGCUUUCGACGUUUAGCUAUACGUAUAUUAACACAUUCACUUUUUAGUACCUUGGUUAUGCUUACUAUUUUAACUAAUUGCAUAUUUAUGACACUUAGAAAUCCACCGGAAACGACUGAAUACGUUUUUACAAUAAUUUACACACUUGAAGCAUUAACAAAAUGUGUUGCACGAGGAUUUAUUCUACAAAAAUAUACUUUUUUACGUGAUCCAUGGAAUUGGUUAGAUUUUAUUGUAAUUACACUUGCAUAUAUAACAUUUUUUAUCAAUUUGGGAAAUGUUGCAGUACUACGAACAUUUCGUGUAUUAAGAGCAUUAAAAACUGUUGCAGUUGUACCUGGAUUACAAUUGUAUAUGGGCGCUCUUCGACAAAAAUGUGUACAAACUUAUGAAUAUUUCUUAAAUAGUUCCAAUUUUUCCAGUAUUGGAUUUAAUAUGUCAUAUGAAUCUUAUUUUCAAGAAAUCGAUAAUGAAACUUAUUGGUAUAAAGAAAAUGAUCUUUAUGUUCUUUGCGGUAAUGCAAGUGGAAGUACAAAAUGUCCUAAUGGUUAUGUUUGUAUGAAAGAUCGAGGUCAAAAUCCCGAUUAUGGAUAUACAAGUUUUGAUAAUUAUGGUUGGGCUAUGCUUGCAUGUUUUCGAUUAAUGACACAAGAUUAUUGGGAAAAUCUUUAUCAAUUAAUACUAUCAGCAGCUGGUCGUUAUCAUUUUCUAUAUUUUCUUGCUAUCAUAUUUUUUGGUUCAUUUUAUUUGGUCAAUUUAAUCUUAGCUAUCGUUUCCAUGUCUUAUCUAGAACAACAAAAACUAGUUGAAGCUGAAAAUGAAGAACGUGAAAGACGUAAAAUUCAAGAUGAUAUUGAACUAAAAAAUGAAGAAGCACAAAAAGCAUCAGAAGCUCAUGCAUUUUUAAAUGUUGAAAAUGCACUAUGUUUUGAAGAUUCAAACCAUAAAAUUUCACAUUCCGCUGUUUCUAUUGAAUAUGAACAAAACGAAAAAAAAAAUGAACUAAGUAACACACAAUCAUUUCAAAUAUUAUCGUCAAUUAACACAAUGAAAAGGGAUGCUAUAAGAAUACCAAUUUUUAAUGGAACACUACAAAAUUCAGCAAAUGAAAAUAAAAAAAAUCAACAAACAAGUAACUUUUCUCAUUUAUCAGAAGAAAAUCAAAAUAAUAUUGAUUCACCUAUUACAGUAAAAAGAAAAUAUAUUAUUAUACUUGCUUUUCUAAAAUUUAUCUUAAAGCUUUAUCAAGUUGAACCUCAUAUAAAAUAUGCUCCAAUUGCUGAAAUAUUAUCUGCUCAAGAAUUGGAUAGAACAAGUGUUCGCUUACAAAAACAGUAUACUGUAUUGUACAAAGUCGAUCGUGGUACUGACAAUCAGAACAAUUUAUUUGUUGAGAAUGAUCUUCAACUAACUGUGAAUGAGUAUGAACGGCAACUACAGUAUCAUUAUAAAAGACAUAUGAACAUUGUCGUUUCAAAUAUGGAUAAAACUAAUACAUAUGAUCGAGCAUUAGUUAAAAUUCUACGAAUUUAUUGUCGCAAAUGGAGUUGUGAGUCAUCGAUAUUUCAAAAAUUGCAAGCUGCUGUUGCUUUUUUUAUAUUGGAUGCAUUUGUUGAUUUAUUUAUUACAAUAUGUAUUAUAUUAAAUACAUUAUUCAUGGCACUUGAUCAACCUGGUCAAAGUGAAAAGAUGGCACGAAUUUUAACGGCAGGCAAUUAUGUGUUUACAACUAUAUUUACAGCUGAAUCUGUAUUAAAAAUAAUUGCAAUGACACCAGCUAAAUUUAUAAAAAAUGGAUGGAAUGUAUUUGAUUUAUUAAUUGUUACAGUUAGUCUUAUUGAAUUAAGUCUUGCUAAUAUAAGAGGUUUAAGUGUUUUACGUUCAUUUCGAUUAUUACGUGUAUUUAAAUUGGCUAAGUCUUGGCAAACAUUGAAUCGUCUUAUGUCAAUUAUUGGUAAAUCACUGGGAGCUUUAGGAAAUUUAACAUUGGUUCUUAUUAUUAUUAUAUUUAUUUUUGCUGUUGUGGGAAUGCAGUUAUUCGGUCAAAAAUAUGCAGAUAAAUUUGAUAAAAAUAUGCCAAGAUGGAAUUUCUUUGAUUUUUUUCAUGCAUUUAUGAUUGUCUUUCGUGUCUUAUGUGGUGAAUGGAUUGAAUCAAUGUGGAUAUGUCUUGAAUGUGCUGGAUGGCCAUGUAUUCCAUUUUUUCUAUUAACGUUUGUCAUUGGUAAUCUUGUGAUAUUAAAUUUAUUUUUGGCACUUUUACUUGCAUCAUUUGGUUCAAAUGUUUUAACCGAAAAAGAAGAUGAAGAAAAUAAAAUUGCUGAAGCAAUUGAUCGUAUUCAACGAUUUGUUCAUUUUCUAAUUAAACUUAUUUUGCGUUUGUUUGAUCGAAUAAAACCAGGACAACAACAAAAGACUUCCAUUGAAAAUAAUCAUACCAAUGGAACUUCACUUACUGCUACACAAGAAUUAAUUAUUAAUCUUCCUUUACCAAUAUUAUAUAAAUUAGAAGAAUUCAAUGCUUCAAUAGUUUCAACUAAUGGUUUAUCAACAGUACAUGAAAAUAUUGGAACGCAAUCAAUAAAUAAUAAUUCUAUAACAUCUCCUUCAACAUGGCUAACUCUUCAUAUGCCACCAGAUUGUUGUCCUACAAUGAUUUCAAAGCAUUUUUCUUGUUGUGCUAAAUAUAUUCCAAAACUUAUACAAGAACGAUGGACAUAUCUUCGUAGUCUAGUUCAUUGUCUUGUUGAACAUCAAUUUUUUGAAUGGUUUAUCAUUAUUAGUAUAUUAUUUAGUAGUGCAACUUUAGCUUUAGAAGAUGUAAAUACACGACAACAGCCAACAUUUUCUGAAGUGUUAGCUGUAUUUGAUAAGAUUUUUACAGUUAUUUUUACAAUUGAAUUCCUAUUAAAAUGGUUUGCAUAUGGAAUAAAAACUUACUUUGCAAGUGGUUGGAAUUGGUUAGAUUUUGUUAUUGUAGUUGUUAGUGUUCUUGGUACUAUUCUUGAUGCACUUGGCAUAGCUGAUAUUCCAGCAUUUAAAUCAAUGAGAACAUUAAGAGCUUUACGUCCAUUAAAAGCACUGUCAAGAUUUGAAGGAAUUCGUGUUGUUGUUAACGCAUUGUUUGGUGCUAUACCAUCAAUAUUUAAUGUUUUACUUGUUUGUCUUGUAUUUUGGUUGAUAUUUUCGAUAAUGGGUGUGCAAUUAUUUGGCGGAAAAUUUUAUAAAUGUGUUUAUGUUGGUACACAUGAUCGUGUUCAUAUAUCAGAAAAUGUAACGAAUAAAAUUGAUUGUUUAAAUAAAAAUUUGACAUGGGAAAAUUCACGAAUUAAUUUUGAUAAUGUUCUUAGUGGUUAUUUGGCUUUAUUUCAAGUUGCAACUUUCAAAGGUUGGAUUGAAAUAAUGGCUGAUGCAACUGAUGCCAAAGAAAUAGACAUUCAACCAGAAUAUGAAACUAAUGUUUAUAGCCUUAUUUAUUUUGUUUUAUUUAUUAUAUUUGGUUCAUUUUUUACUCUCAAUUUAUUUAUUGGCGUUGUUAUUGAUAAUUUUAAUCAUCAAAAACGAAAAUUAAGAACUGAUGGUUCAAUAGAAAUGUUUAUGACUGAAGAUCAAAAAAAAUAUUAUAAUGCUAUGAAAAAAAUGGGUAAUAAGAAACCGACUAAAGCAUUGCCAAGGCCAAGAUUUGCUCUUGCAAGAUUUCUUUUUGAUUUAACAACAAAUCAAAAAUUUGAUAUAUUUAUAAUGAUAUGUAUUUUUCUUAAUAUGCUUUGUAUGUGUCUUGAACAUGAUAAUCAAAGUCAUACUUAUGAUCUUGUUCUUGGAUAUAUGAAUAAUUUUUUCGUUGCAAUAUUUACUAUUGAAUGUGUUAUGAAAUUAGUUGCAUUAAAUUUUAAAUAUUUUACUAUUCCAUGGAAUGUAUUUGACUUUAUCAUUGUAAUUGCAUCAAUUCUAGGACAAACAUUAGGAGAAAUUAUGGCAAAAUUUUUUGUUCAUCCAACAUUAUUACGUGUUGUUCGUGUUGCACGUGUUGGAAGAAUAUUACGUCUAGUGAAAGGAGCGAAAGGUAUUCGAACAUUACUUUUUGCAUUAGUUGUUUCAAUGCCUGCUUUAUUAAAUAUUGGACUUCUUCUUUUUCUUGUCAUGUUUAUCUAUUCAAUAUUUGGUAUGUCAUUUUUUGCUUAUGUAAGAAAAUCAGCUGGCAUAACAGAUUUAUUUAAUUUUGAAACAUUUCCUAAUUCAAUGAUUGUGCUUUUUCAAAUGUGUACAACUGCCGGAUGGUCUGGUGUUUUUCAAGCAUUAACAAAUGAUCGACCGCCAGAUUGUGAUCCAACCAUAAACACACCAUCAAAUAAAGGUGAUUGUGGUGAUACGGCUAUUGCAACACCAUUUAUUGUGAGUUAUGUAAUAAUUACUUCUCUCGUUGUAGUAAACAUGUAUAUUGCAGUAAUAUUAGAAAAUUUUUGUCAAGCACACGAAGAUGUGCAACAAGGCUUAACCGAUGAUGAUUAUGAUAUGUAUUAUGAAAAAUGGCAACAUUUAGAUCCAUCGGGUUCACAAUUUAUACGAUAUGAUCAAUUAUCAGAUUUUGUUGAUGGUCUUGAACCACCAUUACGUAUAUCUAAGCCAAAUCAUUUAGCACUUGUUGCUAUGAAUUUACCAAUAUGUGAACAUGAUCGUAUGCAUUGUGUUGAUAUACUUGAUGGUCUUACAAAAUAUUUUCUCGGUGCACUUCAUGCACAAGUAGCAAGGACUGAAGCUGAUGUACCAAUUGAUAUAAAAAAUGAUCGUCCAAAAGAUUAUCAUCCCAUAACAACAACAGUACAACGUCAUCGUGAACUUUAUUUAAGUCGAAUGGGUUUAAAAGGUUUUCGAACUAAUGUUGAACGUCGUUACAAUGAACGACAAAAUCGAGAAAAAAUAUUUCAAGAAGCUAUCACUGAUGAACUCAUGAAAUCAGAUGACUUCAAAAUACCAACAUGA